CGUCAACUGGCGGGUAGUGGGAUGGUGCGCGCUCCCGCUCUCCGGUGCGUGUCACCGGAUCAAAAAGUCGACACACGCUCACGCGCGCACACGCGUUGAGUGAAGAUGGCGUUGGGCGCAGCGCUGCGGUGUCUCUCUGUGAACUUGUUGCCCAGGCUGCCGCCGCUGUCGCCCGCGGCGCAGGCUGGGGCGACGCGGCUGCUGUGGAGGAGCGGCUGCCCGCGGACGCUGAGCUCGACCCCGAAGCUCUGGACAGCCCUGAGGUUCACAGACAAGCACGAGUGGGUGCGAGUAGAAGGUGACGUCGGCACCGUUGGAAUCAGCAGCUACGCUCAGGAUGCAUUAGGUGAUGUGGUUUACUGUGGACUCCCUGAAGUUGGCCAAAGACUUGAACAAAUGGAGGAGUUUGGUGCUUUGGAAAGUGUAAAGGCUGCCAGUGAACUGUACUCACCACUGACAGGAGAAGUGACUGAAAUCAACACAGAGCUUGCAGAGAAUCCUGGGCUUGUCAACAAAGCCUGUUAUGCAGCGGGUUGGCUCAUCAAGAUGACGAUCGAAAAGCCUGAAGAGCUUGACGGUCUCAUGGAUCAAGCUGCGUAUGAUAGGUUUAUUAAAUCACUUGAAGAAUAAGUCGCUCUGCUGUUCAAUCAAAGAAUUGUUUUAUGUGGGUUUUUGAUACUGGAAUUGUUUUGUCAAAAACAAUUAAAAAACACAGAAGGUUGGACACUAGAGAAGCUAAAGGGCUCUUAAUUUGAAAAGGUGUCAGUAUUAAUGGAUGUUGUGUUUUUUGAUAAAAGACUAAAAAAAUGAAGAA